AUGAAAAAGAAAGUGAAGAAAUCGGAAUCAAAAAUCACCGGAUGUUUUUUUUCCAGUGAAUCUGGAAUCCCCGAAUCGAUCAAUGUGAUUGAUAAAGCGUUCGUUCCACUUGUGAAAAUAAUCGACAAAGAUACGAAAAUCUGCCUGGACAUAUCGUUCAAUACGGUGCAAGCGGUCCGAGCCGCGCAGUUUAUCACUGCUAUGAUGGCUCGUUAUCCGGUGCUUGAGCCGCUGGUCCUAGUGCUGAAGCAGUUCCUCUUGCAAAGGCAAUUGAAUCAGGUACUUUUUCUCGAGAUCUGUCUGCUCUCCGUGAAAAAUAAUUAG